AUGAAGACAAUCAUCAGGAGUCUUAACGGAUAUCCAGUCGAAGAACAUGACGUCAUCACUGAAGAUGGAUACAUAUUGACGAUGUUUCACAUAAAGGGAAAAAGAAAACAACCCGUUUUUAUAUUCCAUGGGAUCGCUGAUUCUGCCGAUAUAUUUAUCAUUCGAGGAAAAACGUCUUUGGUGAUAGUUUUAGCAAAUGCAGGGUACGACGUUUGGGUGGGGAAUGCAAGGGGAAACAAAUAUGGCCGACGACAUGUAAAAUUAGACGCUGAUAAACACCUUGAUUUUUGGAACUUCAGUUUUCACGAAAUUGGUGUUUACGAUCUACCUGCUAUGAUAGACUAUAUUCUACAACACACUGGAGAGAAAAAGCUGCAAACUAUUGGACACUCACAAGGAACCACUACACACUACGUCCUGUUGUCGCAGCGGCCAGAAUACAAUAAGAAGAUUGAAUUAUUUAUUGCCUUAGCCCCUGUGGCAUUUUUGGCAGACAUAAGCCCACCAGUGUCGACCAUUGCACAAUUUGGACCUAUGCUAUCAGAAGCUUUCAAAUCUAUAGGCGUUGAACACGUUUUUCCUGAAAAAUCACCCGUGACCAACUUUUUGAGAUUCGUCUGCAGUCAAGACAUAUUAAGUUAUGAAAUAUGCUUUCUGUUAUCUGGCUUUUAUUUGGUUGGAUUUGAUACAAAACGUUUUGAACCGGAGUUCUUGAAAGUGUUUAUAGGACACUAUCCUGGAGGAACUUCAAGGAAGAAUUUAAUGCAUGUUAAUCAGCUUGUGUUCAACAAAAGGUUUUGUGAAUUUGACUAUGGACCUAAAGGGAACUUAGACCACUAUACUUACCUUGUGCCUCCGGACUAUAACUUGUAUAAAGUCACUGCAAAAGUUGCAUUGUUCGUUGGUGAAAAUGAUGCUCUAUCUAAGGUAAAAGACGUGGAAAUACAACGAAUGAUGUUACCUAAUAUAGUGUAUUACCAUAUCAUGGAAGACAAAACUUGGAAUCAUAUAGAUUUUACUGUGGGCAAUGAUAUGAACGUUACACUGUUUCCAUAUAUAUUUAAAUUAUUAGAGAAAUACAAGUGA